AUGUCCAACGACACACAAGCUUAUAUUCCAUGCACAUUACAAACUUGUCCGAUAUCCGAGGCGAUAAUUCCCUAUCAGCCAAAUGUGGGUGCGAAUGCAUUUUUCCUGGCAGUUUUCGCAGUCCUGUUGAUUGCUCAGCUCGUUUUGAGCAGUCGCUAUAAAACCUGGAGCUAUCUUGUGGGCAUGGGCGGAGGCCUUAUACUCGAAAUAAUUGGUUACGCCGGCCGAAUUCAGCUACAUGCUGAUCCAUUCUCAUUUAACAACUUUGUACAAUACCUUGUCUGUCUGACAAUUGCACCAGCCUUUAUCAGUGCAGUGAUUUACCUUUGCUUCUACCGCAUUAUCAUUAUCUACGAUCCCUCACUGUCGAGAAUUAAACCGAGAGCAUUUGCAGUGGGUUUUAUCACAAGUGACAUUUUGUGUCUGGUUCUGCAGGCCGCCGGAGGAGCAAUCACGGCGACUACAGGUGGAGCAAGCGAGGAAGCACAGUCUAUGCGUGAUACCGGUAUUAACGUGAUGAUUGCUGGCCUGGCUCUUCAAGUUAUUUCGCUUCUGGCUUUCCUUGGAUGUGCACUGGACUAUACAUGUCGUGUCAGCCGAAAAGGCUAUUUUCCAACCUCGGCUGCCAUGCAAAGUAAGCGCUGGAAAUGGUUCUUGAUCAGCCUGCUAGUUGCGACUAUUGUGAUAUUUAUUCGCUCAGUGUUCCGCGUUGCAGAGCUUCGGGGUGGGUUCCAAAGCAAGCUCGCGGACGAUGAGAUUGCCUUCAUGAUUCUUGAAGGAGCGAUGAUUCUGGUCGCGACCAUUUGUUUGACUGUAUUCCACCCUGGUUUUUGUCUUGGCAUUUCAUGGAAAUUUUCACCUACCAAGGUCUAG